AUGACCUCGGAGCCUCCCGGUCACAACUGCUCCAACUGCAGCAGCCGGUGGCCGGGGCCGGGGUUCAACGCGGUGAAGGCCGUGAGCCUGGGUCUGGUGCUGGGUGGCAUCAUCCUGUUUGGCGUGGUGGGCAACAUCCUGGUCAUCCUGUCGGUGGCCUGCCACCGGCAGCUCCGGACGGUCACCAACUACUUCAUCGUGAACCUGGCGGUGGCCGACCUGCUGCUGAGCUCCACCGUGCUGCCCUUCUCCGCCAUUCUGGAGAUCCUGGACCGCUGGGUGUUUGGCCGGGUCUUCUGCACCGUGUGGGCGGCGGUGGACGUGCUGUGCUGCACCGCCUCCAUCAUGAGCCUGUGCGUGAUCUCCGUUGACCGCUACGUGGGCGUCAGCUACCCGCUGCGCUACCCGGCCAUCGUGACGGAGAAGCGGGCGUUCCUGGCGGUGGUGGCCCUCUGGGCGCUCUCCGUGGUCAUCUCCAUCGGCCCGCUGUUCGGCUGGAAGGAGGCGGCGCCGGAGGACGAGACGGUGUGCAAGAUCACCGAGGAGCCCGCCUACGCCGUGUUCUCGGCCGUGGGCUCCUUCUACCUGCCGCUGGCCGUCAUCCUGGCCAUGUACUUCCGGGUGUACGUGGUGGCCCACCGGGAGAGCCGGGGCCUCAGGGAGGGCCACAAGACGGAGUGGUCCGACUCGGAGUGCGUGACGCUGCGCAUCCAUAAGGGAAACGCCGCCGCCGCCGCGGUGACGGAGGAGGACGACGCCCUACGGAGCCGCACGCACUUUGCCCUCCGCCUGCUCAAGUUCACGCGUCAGAAGAAGGCGGCCAAGACCCUGGGCAUCGUGGUGGGCUGCUUCGUGCUCUGCUGGAUGCCCUUCUUCCUCGUGCUGCCCAUGGGUGCCAUGUUCCCCAAGUACCGACCGUCGGACACCGCCUUCAAGGUCACCUUCUGGCUGGGCUACUUCAACAGCUGCAUCAACCCCAUCAUCUACCCCUGCUCCAACCUGGAGUUCAGGAAGGCCUUCCAGAGCCUGCUGGGCAUCCGCUGCCUGCGGGCCCCGCCCAACAAGCCCCCGCUCCGCCUGAGUCCGCUGCAGGGCCAGCGCCACGCCCACCCGCUCGACCUCCACCUGGACGAGAGGCGGGACCCCUCGCGCCUCAGCCCCCUGUCCCCCGCGGGCCUGUCCCGCACGCCUUCCUCCAGGGACGGUCGCGAGUGGAGGGCCUCGUCCGGGCCGGGGGCCCUCGGGCGGGGCCCGGUGGAGAGUGGCGGGGCCAAGGUGGCCAAACUGUGCCGGAAGAGCUUCCGGACCAGCUGCUGCUGCGUCAUGGUGGGUGGGCCCCCCCCGGAGCCCCGGCCCCCCCCUCUGGGCAAAGAGCUUCCCACCAUUAAGAUCCACCAAAUGUCUCUGAGUGAUGGAGAGCCGGUCUGA